AUGGUAUGUCUGGGUGACACUGCUAACAUCGUGUACGCAACCUCCCUCAGUUCACAUUUUCCCGCUUUUUGCCUCCUCAAAUCACGACAAAACAAGCUCUUCUCUUCUACAGGCUCGUUCCCACAAGAAAUAGUCCUACACUUCAAGGGACAUGUCUUGAACCUCCUCACCCUCCACAUCUCCUCCUCCUACAUCAAAACCAUCUCCCUCUUCAAGUCAGUUAAAGACAAACCCAACUCUUGGGAACCAAUGAAAACGUACAUGUUCGAUGAUGACUGUGUACAGAUGCAACGUAACUCCCUGGAUUUACAAGCCGUAACAGCUACUUAUCUCAAAAUAGUGAUAGGAGCGGGUUUCAGCAACUUUGUUGCUGUGUAUGAUUUAGAUAUCAAAAGUAAAACUGUAACUUCUUCUCUGUAG